UAACAAGUGCCAUGUUGUUCUCUUUUUAUAUGCCUUGCUAGUAGGUUGGAGGCCAUUUCUGCUUGGGUGGAGGCCAUUGCUAGUUUUAGAUGUGCUUCCCCCUCUUUUCGCGGGGUCUUUGGCUCAAGAUCAACACGACAGAGGAGUGGUGGGCCCAAGAUGUUAGGUGCAAGUGCAGCUGGCGCCAACAAAGCGAAGAUCAUAUGUCAGCAAUGUUUGGCUCCAGGUCAUUGGACCUAUGAGUGCAAAAACGGGAGCACUUAUCAGGUCCGCGCUUCAGCCAGCCGACAGUUGCGGCAGAAGCGAUUCAAACAAGCCUUCCUAGAAGAGGAGGCACCUGCCGUGCCUCACAAUGCAUUUCUAGGCGAUGAUCGAAUGCGCUUUGGUCCCAGGAAAGAAGCUACUGAGCCCCCAGAGAAGAAGCAAAAAGCUGAAAAGGAUGAGAAGGAAAAGAAGAAGAAGAAGAAGAAAAAGGAAUCAUCCUCAAGCUCUAGUGAUUCGAGCGAUAGUUCGGACAGCAGCUCCGACAGCUAGAGAUAA